AUGAGAGAGUAUAUUCUUGCUUUGGCUGGUAAAAGUCCAUCAAGUUCAGACUUUCUCACAUCUGUUUCUGAUAUUUAUCAAAAAGAAGGAAAAAAAAACCCUGUUUUGCAGAAAACCAGGAAAAUAUUUCUUCUCAACCACAGCAUGGCAGUUAGAUUGAUCCUUGGUUCGAGAAGCUGUUGCCCGAAAUAUUAAAUAGCAUAUGCCUAAAUAUUAUGUUUUUGGAAUAAUUAAUUCUGUCUCAUCCAGUCUUUGUUUAGCAAUCUGUACAGUACACUUACAUCCUUCACUCGAAUGUACUUAAACUAAAAUGACUUGUUUCAUGCUAGCUUUACUAUUUAAAGAUACUUUUGAAAAGCGCAGCAUACCCACAAUGCUGACCUACUGUACAGUUAUCUAUGCUUCCUCUUGUCACAAUAUGUGCCGUUGGGGACACUGCACGCCCAGCUAUGUUAUUUCCAUGCACAGAAACAACAAAGAUUUGCAAAGAAAGAAAAAUUGAAAUUUGCACGUCUCACAUGUUACUUACAUGUUCAGGGAAACUGCGUGUUCCACAGUUUCAUAUUUAAUUAAUACAGAACUGCGAGUCUAGUACUACUCUGUUAUAUGCUAUAUUCUAUACAAAAGUAACAAGCGGAUUCUCUUAUCUAAAUAAAAAGAUAUUCAACAAAUAAAAAAUCUGUACAGGCUCUGAUAAAAUCACCUAUUUUUGUUUUGAAUAUUUUUAUUUUUAAGCACAUUAGGAAUUUAGGCAUCAAACUGAUUUAUAAUAAGGCAAAUGAUUGCCCACGCAGGGGCUGCAACAUUGAUUUGGCGUUGCAAGUACAAGCAGGUAGUCAUUCUUGUUUCAUGGAAAGCUUAUGGUUGCCUGCGCAGAGGCGUUUCAGAUAAAACGUGCAGGUACAUUAGGAACUAGGAUUUGCAACAGAUACUUGCUCUACUAAUCUACAUGACUUCGUUCAGGUUGUGGGUUUAGACUAUUUUUCCCAUUUGUCUUGUUGUUUGUCAUCUAGCUGUGUGUUGCUACGGGUAGACAGGUAAACGGAGUUGUUACCAGAGAGGCAUGGUGGUGAUGGCGUGAAGGUCUAAGGCUAGUCUUGGGGCGUGAUUUCCCAUUUCCCUUGGGGGCUUUGGUGGGUAUUCAACUUGUGUGUCUGUGGAUGGUGCGUUGUUUGUGUUUUGUCUCUGUGCGUGGGGCGUGAACCGUGCGCCCAGGUGGUGAUUGUCGUCAUUGUUUUAGGUUUCCCGGGCGGUCGUUAUGAUGCCCGGGGCCCUUUGUGGCUGCGUUGUUUAUGUUCUGUGUUGGUGGUCUAGGGAAAAUCACCUAUUUUGUCCCGAGAAUUAAUUCCUCUUUUUAUGAGAAUACCUUACUCUCCUUAGCAACAUCUUAUGGACUUUGUUGUCUCGUUUGUUCUUUAUACCUAUUCCCAAAUCCUUCUCCUGUGUUUUGUUUAAAUUCUGAAUAAGACUCAUGGGGCAAGAUUAGAUUUCUCUUUACAGGAAUAGUAUAGGGAGACUGUAUAGGGAGACACAUGCAGGUGAAAUGUGCCUAGGGCUGCAUUAACAAAAUGCAGAGACUUGAGCAGUGAGACUGCAGGGUGUUGAUCGGUAUACCAAAACCACAUCAUUCGUUUUGGUGAUUAUAGUGAACUUUGUGUAUAUUUUUUUAAUCUUUCAAUUUAUAUAAAAACAACUUAGGUUGAUUCAUCCUCUCACCGGAGCUAUAUAAUGUAAAAUUCUGUUUCCAUUUCAGGUCAUUCUGGUCCAGAGAUUGAGAAGAAGCCCUCCUCUGCUCCUGCGGCACCAUCACAUUCUGAAAAGAGGCUUUCCUUUGAUGGUAGGUUAUUGCGUCUACAAGUGCCUGGGUUGCUGCUUGUGUCCAUCCUCUGAAUGCUCUGUUUUGUUUUUCUGCUGGUCAGAGGAUGCACAGAGCUUCCAGACAUCUCCAGAUAAGAAAGGUAAUGGCACUGUGUAGGAAAGACACCCAGUGGGGUCAGGGUGUGGAUGACAUUGUCAGUAAGGAUUUAAAGCACGGUAAAGUCACAUACACAGUUUGGGUAGUAUAUACCGUGAGGAUUUUGAGUAAUUCUAGAGGGACUCGCCGUGAGGAUUUACAGCAUUUUGGUAAAGGGAUACCUAGUGAGAAGAUAGAAUACCGUGAUUUUUUUCUCUGUUUAUUGUCUAAGACCUAGAUGACCCUCUGGCUGGACUCUUGUCUGAUGAAGAUAAUGGAAAUGCCAAGAUGACAAAAACUACUGGUUAUGUGCCAACUCAUGAAUCUGUCCCCUUAAAGAACGCAGGUAGGAAAGGAUGACAAACAUAAUGUAAUGUAGCACUGUAUAAGGUAUGAAGUGGAAGUUAGGUUUGGUACGCAGGUGUGAUUAUGGGUAUUUUCCAUUAAAAUGAUUGCACUGUGUUUUUUAGGCAUCGAAACAACUUUAGCUUAAUGAAGCAGUUUUAGUAUAUAGACCAUGUCCCUGCAGUCUCUUUGCUCAAUUCUCUGCCAUUUAGGCGUUAAAUAACUCUUGUUUAUUUUUAUGCAGCUCUGGCCAUACCUCCCCUGGCAGUGACUAACAUCGCAGAAGAUUUAAAAAAAGGUCUAAAUUAAACAGACUGUGCUGCUAAAAAUGAAGUUUAAACAUUGCAUCUCUCUUUACAGGAAGUGUUUUGGAAGGCUGUGCAAGUCACAUACAAGGAUGUGUUUCUAGGACUGUAUGAAAAAGUGAUUUAACUUUGAGCAGUGAGACUGCAGGGGUAUGAUCUAUACACCAAAAAUUUGUAAUUAAGCGAAAGUUAUUUUGGUGUUUAUAGUGUCCCUUUAAAUCAAGAAAGCAGAAAGACUUCAUGAUGGGUGUUCUGUCUAUUAGGCUUCUAGUUAACAGGCUGUGCAGUGAUGUUCUCAUCUUCUGACUUAAUUCUACAAUUCUAUUCACAGGCACACCUCUCUCCAGCCCCGUGAGACCAUCUCCAGGCUCUCGCAGGAAGGAAGUUCUCACAUUUGACGAUGACACUGAUGACAUCAUGGAUGCCUUGGGCUUUGGAGACAGCCCACAAACACCUCAGAAAAAAGAGAGGUAUCAACUGCCACAUACAGGCAAACCCCAAAGACUGUAUAUAUAAUAAAGUGCAAGAGUUUGUAGCCCGCAGGUAUUAUGAUAAAAUGUUUGCUAGUUACUCACUUAACUUAAACUCAGCAUUUUUUUAUUUAUUUAUGGGAAACAUUCGUCUAAAUUAGAUUUAGGAUCAUUUCUAUUAUUUUUGGGCUUCAAUGGCAGAGUUCAAGAAAACCACAUUUCUUUGGUUCUGUCGCAGUUUUAAUUUUUUUUAUCAAGUGUUUUUGAGAUGUGGUCUUUUGUUAUAUAUAUAUAUAUAUAUACUGCUCAAAAAAAUAAAGGGAACAGUUAAACAACACAAUGUAACUCCACGUCAAUCACACUUCUGUGAAAUCAAACUGUCCACCUAGGAAGCAACACUGAGUGACAAUCAAUUGCACAUGCUGUUGUGCAAAUGGGAUAGAAAACAAGUGGAAAUUAUAGGCAAUUAGCAAGACACCCCCAAUAAAGGAGUGGUUCCGCAGGUUGUGACCACAGAACACUUCUCAGUUCCUAUGCUUCCUGGCUGAUGUUUUGGUCACUUUUGAAUUCUGGCGGUGCUUUCACUCUAGUGGUAGCAUGAGACAGAGUCUACAACCCACACAAGUGGCUCAGGUAGUGCAGCUCAUCCAGGAUGGCACAUCAAUGCGAGCUGUGGCAAGAAGGUUUGCUGUGGCAAGAAGGUUUGCUGUGUCUGUCAGUGUAGUGUCCAGAGCAUGGAUGCGCUACUAGGAGACAGGCCAGUACAUCAGGAGACAUGGAGGAGGCCGUAGGAGGAAAACAACCCAGCAGCAGGACCGCUACCUCCGCCUUUGUGCAUGGAGGAACAGGAGGAGCACUACCAGAGCCGUGCAAAAUGACCUCCAGCAGGCCACAGAUGUGCAUGUGUCUGCUCAAAUGGUCAGAAACAGACACCAUGAGGGUGGUAUGAGGGCCCGACGUCCACAGGUGGGGGUUGUGCUUACAGCCCAACACCGUGCAGGAUGUUUGGCAUUUGCCAGAGAACACCAAGAUUGGCAAAUUCGCCACUGGCGCCCUGUGCUCUUCACAGAUGAAAGCAGGUUCCCACUGAGCACAUGUGACAGAGUCUGGAGACGCCAUGGAGAACGUUCUACUGCCUGCAACAUCCUCCUGCAUGACCGGUUUGGCAGUGGGUAAGUAAUGGUGUGGGGUGGCAUUUCAUUGGGGAGCAGCACAGCCCUCCAUGUGCUCGCCAGAGGUAGCCUGACUGCCAUUAGAUACCGAGAUGAGAUCCUCAUACCCCUUUUGAUACCAAAUGCUGGUGCGGUUGGCCCUGGGUUCCUCCUAAUGCAAGACAAUGCUAGACCUCAUGUGGCUGGAGUGUGUCAGCAGUUCCUGCAAGACUAAGGCAUUUAUGCUAUGGACUGGCCCGCACGUUCCCCAAAAUUGAAUCCAAUUGAGCACAUCUGGGACAUCAUGUCUCCCUCCAUCCACCAAUGUCACGUUGCACCACAGACUGUCCAGGAGUUGGCAGAUGCUUUAGUCCAGGUCUGGGAGGAGAUCCCUCAGGAGACCAUCCGCCACCUCAUCAGGAGCAUGCACAGGCAUUGUAGGGAGGUCAUACAGGCACGUGGAGGCCACACACACACACUACUGAGUCUCAUUUUGACUUGUUUUAAGGACAUUACAUGAAAGUUGGAUCAGCCUGUAGUGUGUUUUUCCACUUUAAUUUUCAGUGUGACUCCAAAUCCAGACCUCCAUGGGUUGAAAAAUGUGAUUUCCAUUUGUUAAUUUUUGUGUGAUUUUGUUGUCAGCACAUUCAACUAUGUAAAGAACAAAGUAUUUCAGAAGAAUAUUUAAUUCAUUCAGAUCUAGGAUGUGUUAUUUUUGUGUUCCUUUUAUUUUUUUGAGCAGUGUGUGUGUGUGUGUGUGUGUGUGUGUGUGUAUAUAUAUAUAUAUAUAUUUAUUAUUUAUUUUAUUUUUUAAUUUACUUAUUUUAUUAUUAUUAUUUUUUUUUCAUUAAUAGCAUCAGAUAUUAUGGAUUUGGGUGUAGAGGGGAGUGUCUAAUGGUAAGAAUCAUUAUUUUACAGGUAUUGGUUUUCUUGGCCACAUAGUCAUUAUUAUUAGGGUGAGCCGUUGGUAGGAUACUUUUAUGUGAAGGGUAUUGCUGUGGGUUUGGGGAACCCUAGUAACCUGGACUGGGAACUUAAAAACAAUUUGGGGAUUUGGACAUAAUCAUGUCCACCCGCUUGUAUAUUUAAUUAGAGCCCCCACGUGGAAAGUGGGAAGAUAUUAGGUUCCACCUCCCAUGUAUUAUAUUAUUAAUAACCCCUAUUAUUUCAUUAAAAGGGGUGACUAAGUACCCUCCAUCAUUUUACAAGCCCCACCCCCAUAGGAUGGGGCAUUUCUACAACUGAACAGCAAUGACUGCACAGUCUCUAGUGUUGAGUCGCUGUGGCUGCUCACUAUUUAGUAGAUUUUCCCCACCCAUGGCACUUGGGAGCUGGAGGGAGGUUUUACAUCUCCAUUAUACUAAUAUGAGGAUCACAUUGACACCCAAACGCUCAUAUUAUUUUUUCCUAUUUAAUGUGGCAGCUGGCUAGCAGGUGUAGGCUUACUGCCACAGGGUUAUUUCUCGCACUGAGGAGGACCUCCACCCGCCAGCAAAUAGGCCAUUCUGACUUUAGUGAAUAGAAUUAGUUUGUCGGUCGCAGUAAGUAUCUGUCAGCAGUUCUAGCAUGAAUACUUACAAAGAUGUUUUUUUUUAUUUAUUUUUUUCAUCAAGCAUAUUCAAUAAAAGAACAAAUGUGUUUCAUUGCAGUCCAAAAAUACCCAAAUGCAUGUACAAAAUGUACAGCUUAUUUAGUAUUCCUGCUCCUCUGUACAGCCCUACCACUAUUAAAGGAGUAGGACAUUCCAUUUUGCUACAGAAUCUCUAAAAGUUCCUUUUUUGUAAUGGAAUUCAUCUAUCAUUAGUAAUUAAGGGGUUAAUGCAGUGCAUCUAUUAGUGCAGUCUAAUAGAUAAGAAAGAACUGUCUAAGAUCUGCUGUAUUCAAUUCUGAAUAUUGCCUGAUUUAGUGAUGUAUUUUCCUGUAGUCUAAGUUUUCUACUAUUCCAUAUCAGUCCUGCUACUCCGUAUGAUUCCUGUUACUCUAUAUAACUGUGUAGCUCCACCACACGCCCUGCGCGCUCCAAACUGGAUGAACUAAUGGGACGGGGUACAGCUGCCAAACUCCUGGAGAGGCCUCCAACCGGGGAAAGGAAAGAAUUCAAACUUGAUCCAAAGUAUCAAAAGCAGCCAGGUGAGACGAUACGUCCAUGCAAACUAUACAAACAGCUCAUUGUACACUUUAAUCUCUUUGUCUGUGGUCUAACAUAAAAAGGAGGUAGAGAUGUGAUCAGGAACAUGUGUUUUGACAGAAAAGGAGGACAUUCUGGCUGAUGAAGAUAUUGCAUUUGGUUCCUACCAGCCCACCAUAAUAACCAGUCCAGAAGGACGCAUGUCUCGGCGCUCAUCUGUCAGGUGCAACUUAUACGUUUUCUUUCGUCUUAUCUGUCUGUAUGACUGAUCACACAGACAUUCUCUACACUCUAGUAUCUGAAUACAUUUUUAUUCACCAUUACAGAAAAUUAUAUUUUGGUCCAUCGUGGACCUUUAUUCAACAUCUUUCUAUCUAUUUACACUGGUUACAGAUUCUCUGCAGAAAGUAAUGAAAAUGUAAAGGCUAAUGUAAAAUCUCAGCCUUCCACUCCAAAGGCCCGAAGUCCAUCACGGGGAGAUAGAAGUGGGGCUGAUUGGCUAGGCUUAAGAGACGAUGACAUCCUGGAGGCAGCACCUUCACUCCCUAUGAGAGAGCCGUUGUCUCGAUCCUCUGCAGUGACUCCGACAUCUACAAGUCGGCCCCAGUCUGGGGCUGAAAAUGGUCCCGCAGCUAAACCAAGGGAAAGCAAGCCGGAAGCUGCAAGUAAGUACCAAGAGAAGGAGAAGGAUGAGUGGCUAACAAGUGCCCUUGCUCGCAAGAAAUCCCAGAAACAGGAAAAAGAGGAGGAGAAACCACAGGCUCACAAUGUCACGGCUGAGAUUUCUGGCAACAGGUGAGAAUUAUAGAAGUUUUAAAGAGUAUUUUAAAAUUGUGCUUACUUAAUAUAUAGAAUAUCAGAGGAAGUAUAUUUCAUUACAUUAUUGUUAAAGGAGAGAUGACUUGUGGACUCGGAUAUUUGGAUUUCCUAAUGUUUUAUUUAACAGCAAAUAAUGGUCUAAUUGUCCAAUGGCUUUCUACCAACCAAUGUUCUCUGAAAAAUCCACUGAUCCAAAAUCCCUCCAACAGCAUAUAAAAGGGGAAAAAGAGAACUCAUGGGCUACAACCUUAACGGAACAUUCCAAUGGAAAACAUAUUUUUUUUUUUAAAUCAAUUUAGUAGACAUAUUCCCAAUGAAAACAUGCCUGUAUUUAAUUAUGCAUUUUCUCAUUGGGUUUAUAUAUCUUGUCUGCAGCCUUUGCAAGCCCUCAUCUUCAAACCCCGCCCAUACUUUCUGUGUCUGCCCAAUCACAGACUUCCCACUGCAGCUCAAUGAGAAAUCUUUGCAAGGCAGGUGCUCUGGGCAGUUAUUGCCUCUUGCGUUUAUGUCCACUGAGUUAACCAAACCAGGAAGUAACAGGAAAGGUUAUUUGAUUGACAGACAGGGAAAGUAACAAGGUUAAUUUAUUAAAAGUGCCAAUCUCUAUUGAAAUCUGCCCUUUUUGUAAAAUGAAAUAAAGAGGACACACACUCAUCAUACAGAAAGCACUUCAGCAAACUAAAGUGCUUUAGGGGUCUGAAGUGUCACUUUAAAUGGUGACUGAUGAGAUCUCUAGCUUGCUCGAUUGUGCUCCUUUUUUUUUUUUUAAUAUCUAGAUCUUUAAACACACUGAUAGAUUAUAGCAUUACAACCGUUACAAUGAGCAUGUUUAGCGUGGACUGGUUAUAUGCACAUUACAAAUUAUGCUAUGUGAGCCAUAUCAACAUACUCUGACUAAAACUGAAAGACAAAAAGAACUAAACACAUUGUGGGUGAUUUAUCAGUGUUUUGUCCUUAAAAAAAUAAAAGUGGUCUAAAGUAUUAAAAGUAGAUAAAUCUGUACAAUCGGCAGGCACAUUCCAUUGGUGACUCCUCUGUAACAUUUUGAACCAUUUUUUUUUUUUAAUAGAGCACACAGAAAAAAGGAGAGCACCAACAAAAAUGUACAAAAACAUUAUAGCUGCCUAGGCUCCAAAUGGCGGUUACAUCCUUUAAUUUUUUUGCUGUGCACUAUUUUUCCGAUCCUUGCACAUUGAUACAUUCCCACGUAUGGUGUUCCAGCAUUACUAGAGCUCACUAACUCACUUUCUUUCUAGGGGUCAAGCCAUGUCACUGACAACAUCCCAGAAAUCAAUCCAACCUAGGGCUACAAAGGACAGGGCCUCACCUGUAUCUGAGGUAUCUGGGUAAGUACCAGUAUCACUCUCUGUGACUGCAUUUUAUAAAGAUGUCGGAAAAUUAGGUUCUGGCCUUCUCUAGAAUGUCAGGUUACAUGAUCAGGGCAUUUUGAAUGCCUUCUAGUCACCAAAAUAAAAUAAAAAACAAUUACUUGUUUAUGUGUAAAACUUAAACUGGUAUCAAUCCUUGUUCAUAUCUCUACAAUCAUAGAAAUGUUUUAAUUACAUGUUUAUUUCAUGUUCAUGUGCACUCACAGGUUUCCUUUACCCUGGGAGGGUCAACAGAAUGUCGGAGUUUCCACUGUUGUCUUUAGUUCCAAGCAAGAGGACGUCCACCAGAAAGGUGCAGGCUUAAUAGAAAUCCCUUUCAUUAUAACAGUUAUUGAACAAACCCCAUAGCCACAUACAUGUAGAAUCUUGUAAUUGAGCCCAGUAUCUCUCACAUGCUCUAGAUCAGGGUUCCUACCUGAUUCUUGGAAUGAAAUAGAUGGCCAGAGAAUCAUGGGAGUUGUAGUUUAGCAACAUCUGGAAGGCCAGAGUUUUGAGAACCCUGCUCUUGAUCACGCCUAAAUGUGUUGUACGUACAAUACAUUUUAAUCCUUCUUCACAUUUAUUAUAAAUUCUCCUCUCUGCAUAUAACACUUCUUUACCACUGCCCACCUACUCUAUAUUAAACUAGUUUCUCUGCGUUUAACACCUAUUUACUACAGCUCUUCUGCAUCGUAAUGCCUUUCUCUGCACAUGCUGCCUGGUUGCCACAUUUCUUCUGCUCGCUAUCUCCUCUCUGCAUAUCAGUCUUUUUACUACUUCCCUCUUGUUGCUUUGUAACUCCUCCCUGUGCGUAGAACACCUCUUUUCUCAUCCCUCAUUCUGCAUGCUAUAGCACCUUUUUGUGCAUAUUAUAACUUUAUCACUGCCCCUUACACCAUAUUUUACUCCCACUUGCUCACAAGACUGGACUUGUCAAUGGGCAGCAUUAGCAGCGGUCUACACAAAAAGGGUGUUCUAGUACCUCACUAGGGGAGCUUUGCCUCUUGUUGUUUUUCUUUCACUCUGUAUCACACCAUUUAUAUGAUCCAUAUGAUAAUUCCUUAUAAUUCCUCCCUUGUCUCCAUGAAAUACUUCUUAUAACUUGUUUUCUAAAGUUCUAUUCGGCCUCUUUAACUACACUAUGCCACCUCUUUCAUCUUCAUUUAAAACCUUCUUUAACACACAACUUCUGGAAUAAAAGGGAAUCAUGACGGAAUAUUUCCGUCAUGUGUCCUUAAGGGGUUAAAAAGAGAUUCUAUACUGACAGGGGUAGGCAACUUUUGGCACUCCAGAUGUUGUGGACUACAUCUCCCAUGAUGCUCUUAUAGCCAUAAUGCUGGCAAAGGAUCUAGGAAGAUGUAGCCCACAACAUCUGGCGUGUGAAAGGUUGCGAACUAUACCCAUGUCAUCUACUUCAAUUGGUGCAGUUCAUUUGUGCAGUGUUUAAUUUUUUUUUAAUGAUUUAAUCCUGAAUGAUGGUCCCAUCAGCUGACCAUUUUUUAUCCCCAAAGACCAUUGCUGAUAUCAACUGAUAUGGCUGAGGCAGAAAAUACACUUUGCCUUAUCCAUACUUCCAGCAAGCCGCAGCUUACACCCUUUAAGUGUUUAUUUGAAAAUCACAACACUAAAAAUCAGCGCUGCCCAACAAGUAGAUCCCCAGAUGUUGUAGAACUGCAACUCCCAUGAUGCUUUGCAUGCCUUUAGAAUGACAAAGCAUCAUGGGAGUUGUAGUUCUACAACAUCUGGGGCUCUACCUGUUGGGCAGCCCUGCACUAAAUAGAUGGAUGGCGCCAGGGGACCUCAGACAUCACAAUCACUUCAAUGAGAUGAAGUGGUUAUGGCAACUAGUGUGACCUUUUAACUCUUCCAUGUUCCUCAUAUAACAACCUCCUUAUAACGGCUCCUCUCCAUAUAUUAAUCACCUCCUUACGGUGCUUAGUCUCCCCUUAACCUUUAAAUAGUGAAUGACCCUGUAAUUCAGCUUCUCUUUCCCUUUCCACUCAGGAAUCACGCUAGGCAGUCCAGUAUAGUGUCCAGUUCCGGGCUGUCUAAGUCACAUGUGCUAGAGUACAACUACACUCUGGCACAAAAGUGCAGAUUUCUAUAUUAACAGCGCUUCACGUUAAAACUCUGUAUAUACAGCUUGCUUGCUCCAUGACCUCUUCUAAAAGCAGAAGUGUUCAUGAAGGGCGCUAUAAACCUUUAACCUUUUUGUGUACAUUUCUCACAACAUCUCCUGUCUAUCCUUUUAUCAGGCCCCUGUAGUUUGCAUGUAUGUGGAUCUCUCAUCGUUAUAUCUGUAAAGUGUAUUUGAUACAAAUCUCUUGAUUUUCAGCUCCUUCUGUGCCAUCCGAACCACUUACAGCCAAAAAGGAGGUCAGUUUAUAAAUAAACAUUUCUGUAAUUUGGAGGAAUUUUCCUAAAAAAGUAAACUUUCUUCAAAUUACCACUUGUUAAUAAGGUUUUCGGAGUAAAGAAUGUGUGGGAAUUUUCUGUCCCAGUUUACUUACUCUACCUGGAUUAUUAUUUGAUAUAAUGGCCACAUAUGAUACUAUUUUUUUAUCUUCUGCUCAGGAACCGACUACCAAGCGAUUUACUGAAAGACGAGUGAGAGAGGUUGAUCAGGAGCCGAUGGAAUCUAAAAGUCACAUUUUGGAUCUUGAAGCUCAGGUGCGAAGAAAUAAAAAUCAUAAUAUCCUUCAUAAGAACGAUGGCUUACCAUUUGCUUUACUUAAUGUAUGCCGUUCAUUUUACGAUCUGAUAUAUUUGUCUGAGCAGUCUUUGUUUAUUUCAGGUGAGGAAGCUUCAGCUGGAGAAUGAGCAACAGAACUUAAUGCUGGAGACCCUUCAGCAGAGGCACAGAGAGGACUUAGACCUCAUUGAGAAUGCACACAGGUACCAGCACGGUUAGAUUUUAUAUGUAUGCAUGUGUUGACUUACUUUUCAGGUAUAGAAUGCUGGGUUAAACCUAGCUGUUGGGUAGCCAGUUGAAGUGCCUCGUUCAGCUGGUAUGUUCUUUACAUUGGCUUCCCCAAACUCCGGCCCUCCAGAUGUUGCUGAACUACAACUCCCAUGAUUCUCAGCCUAUUUCAUUCAUAGAAUCAUGGGACUUGUAGUUCAGCAACAUCUGGGUGGCCGGAGUUUGGGGAAGCCUGGUUUAGAGGAACACUCCAAACACCACAAGCAGUAUAGCGCAUUGCAGAAGUUGCAGUACCGGGAGUGUACUGGUACCCGCCAUUGUAAGUAUUCAAACUAUUUUAGAACGGUUUCACUUCUUAUUUGCGGCAUAUCUGGCUCUGCUCCUCACCUCCUCUCAGAAGCCAGGACAGACAGAAGCACAUGCUUAGGAGCUUCCGUUGGCUAUCAUGGACUAAACCCUGCACCUCUGGUGAGAAGAGCUUCUGGGUUUACCGUUUACCGUUACUAAAUAGUUUGACUAAUUAUAUUCGGGGAGGGGGCACCAGGGCCAUGAAGUUAUUAUGGUGCCUGUAGUGUUUCUUUAAAACAAUAUCUCCAAUAGAUUAAGAUUCCUUUCAUGCAACUAAGUUGAAAUGUAUAAGUAAUGAUGUAAGCCAUAUUAGAACCAAAUCAUAAUAUUUAAAAGGAUAAUCCAGACUAGAGCUGACCCAUUCUUAAUUAAUUAAAUUAUAUGUAAAAACAUUAAAAUUGCUCAAUUUCCUGCAACACACCAGGCUUUGCAUCUUCUGCAGUGAGCUCUGCUCAGAACAGGAAGUGAAUCAGCCAAUAAUGUUCAAAUAACUUUCUGUAGCGAAAUGAAAACAUAAUUGAUUUUUUAAAUUUUAUUUUGGCCUACAUUUUUUAAUUUACUUAGAAUUCCAGGCAAAUUUUACUUUAAUGAAUAGCACUAUAAAUAUUGAUUCCAGUACCCACAUUCACAAAAAUGUUAAACUGUUCUAAUCUGAAUUCCGUUUAUAAACUUCAACAAGUUGUGGAGAUCUGUAAACAAAAUCCAUCUUUAAGAUAAAAACACUCACACCCCAGGUUCCUUGCAGCUUUGAUGACCCGAUUUCUACUUUUUCCUUUACAGAAAUCGUCUGAAGCUGCUGGAAGACUCUGCUAGACAGAGAGAAGAGCGUUUAUUUCAAGAGAACAAACAGCUGUCAACCCAGUACCUCUCCCAGUGCCAGGCCGCAGAGCAUGAGAAGACUGAACUAUUGGCAAAAUAUCAGAAAAGGCUGACCGAAUUCCAGCAAGAAAAGGAACUGGAAGUAGAGAGAAUAAGAGAGCUGCAGAGGUAAGAGGAGGAACUUGAUUUUGAUAUCCCAUUGUAUAACUAUGUAAUAUUAUAGAUAUAUAUGGCUGAGUAAAACAUUUGAAUAAAGAUUUAAAGGAAUAUUAUAGUCACCAAAACUUUGUGAAGCAGUAUUGAUGUAUAGAUCAUGCUUCUGCAGUUUCACUGCUCAAUUCUCUGCCAUUUACGAGUUAAAUCACUUUGUUUAUACAGCCCUAGCCACACCUCCCUGGGUGUGACUUACAUAGCCUUCCUAGACACUUCCUGUAAUGAAAGAUCUAAUGUUCACACUUUCUCUUAUUGCACAUUUUGUUUAAUUUGGAAUUUCUUAUUUCCUGCGCUGUUAUUAACUUGCUAGACCUUGCAGGAGCCUCCUGUGUGUUAUUGAAGUUACAUUUACAGAGCAGGAAAUAACAACUUCUAAAAUAAGUUAACAUCUGAUUGAUAAUGAAGCCAAUUUGUUUUCAUGCAUGUGUCAAUCACAGCCAGGGGAUGUGUGGCUAGGGCUACAUGGGCCAAAACAUUAGGGAUUUAACUCCUAAAUGGCAGAGAUUUGAGCACGGUCCCAAAAAACACACAAAAAUACACAGAUCCUUUUUUUUUUUUUUUUUUAUAAAAAUACAAAAAAAAACUGUUUUGAAGAGGGAUUUCGUGAGUCAAUUGAUUCUUCUGUUGACAUACUUUUUGUAUCAUUGCCACGUCUGCAUCCAGGGCAUCGGUAAAGGAAAUGUGCAUAGACUAUGAGGAACAGUUACACCGGAUUAAACGUCUCAAAGACCAGGAGAUUGAUGCAGUCACCAGUGCCUCUUCACAGACAAGGUUAGAAAUACUGCAAUACAGAGCUGGUCUCUUUAAACUGUUGUUUCUACAGCUAAGCCCAAUUCCAAAGUAAAGAUUCAAUUUCAUGAGAAAUACAGGGGAGGACACUGAUGUGCGUUUACCUUUUUUUUUUUUUUUUUUAACUUUUUUAUUGAGGUAUUUAAAAGCAUUACAAUGAUGUCAGCAGCACAGUGUAGUUAACAAAACAACAGGUUCUUUUGCAGGCACAAGAGUCUCAACGUUAUUGAUAUUGGGGCGAGAACAGAGAAGUUCCCACUUUUUGUGUUGCAAGGGGGGGGGGGGUUUGGUGUGAUAAGGUGGGAUACAUACGGCUUUGAUGUCUUAUACCCUAGCAGUGCAAUAAGGGAGGUAUGCCAGAGUACACUGCAUGAUAACGAGUGCGUGGUGUGGGAUGGUGCUCCAGCUGGUCAUCGGGCAUUGUGUGUAGGCGCACACUGUUAUCUUGUGGCUAGAGUAGAGCAAUGGUGCAUGGGUGAGGGCACUGGAUGGUGGCAUGUUCAGGUGCCUAGCAGUUUGGAUAGUCUAUACGGCGUAUCAGCCUGGAGGGUGGGUUAUGCGCGAGGGAAGACAGGGGUUUAGGUCUAGCUGGGGAAGUGGUGUCAGGCAAUUUGUCCCUGCUUUCCUUGGAGGAAUUGGAGCCAGGGGGUCCAUGUAGUGAGGUAUUCGUCAUAUUUGAGAGUGAAGGAGUAGGAAAGUUCCUCCAUUGUUCUGAUAGAGUCAACCCUGGCGAUCCAGGCUCUGAUAGUUGGGGCUGUAGUCUGUUUCCACAUUGUGGGGAUUAGAGCGUUGGCAGCCGUUAGGAGGUGGUUGAGUAGGAUGCGAUUGUGCUUGGUCAGUGGUUGGGGGUAUGAUAGGAAUAGCAUGGUUUCAGGGGUGUGGGGGAGGCGUACGCCAGUGAUGGUGCGUAUGAGGUUGGCCAUCUGUCUCCAGUAAUCCUGGAUUACGGGGCAGAGCCACCAGAUGUGUCCUGAGGUUCCCUCAGUUUGUUUGCAUCUCCAACAUGUUUUGGGUGUGUUAGGGAAGAAUCUGUUAAUGCGAGUCGGCGUGUAGUGCCAUUUAGCAACUCUCUUGUAGUUGCUUUCGUGGGUGCUAUUGCUCUUGGACGUGUGGAAUAUGUUAUGGAAGAUUUUGUGCCAAUUUUUAGCCGGUAUUUGAGUGGACAGUUCUUUGUCCCAGUGUGUGGUGUAGGUUGGCAGGAUUUCGUCUUGGCUGUGGCGGAUCGUUUUGUAGAAGGAUGAGAUUAGUCCUUUACGUAGUGUGUGGUGGGAGCAUAAUAUUUCGAAAGGUGUGGGAUUUCUGUGUCCCUGGAGGAGUAUGGGGUCCGAGUGUAGGAAGUGUGUAAUUUGCGCGUAUCUAAACCUAAGAAUGCUAGAGGGUUCGGCAUUGGGGGUGAGGUCCUCAAGUGGGAUGAUCCCUUUGUCGUUGCGAACAUCUCCUAGGGUGAGUGUGUGGGUUUGUUUAGGAAAGCUUUGGAGAGCGAUUGGGUUAGAGCCUGGCAGGAAGGCUGGAUUGUCGGUUAGUGGGUAGAGCGGGGACGGGUGUGGAGCUAUAUGUUGGUCCCCCCUUAUGUUGUGCCAGGUACGUAGGGUAUGAGGGAUUGUUGGGUGUAACUCUGAGUUGUGUGUUGUGAUGAUGGGCUUUUUUCCUAGCCAGGGUGCCAGGUGUAUUGGUGAUGAGAAGAAGCUGGCUUCAAUCUUUACCCAUUGUGUGUCGUUGUGGGGAUGUGCCCAUUCGUAAAUUCGUGUAAGUGUGAUAGCCUUGUGGUAAGCCUCCAGGUCUGGGAGACCUAGGCCCCCUCUCUGUUUACUUUUGGUGAGGCAGUCAUAUCGGAGUCUGGGGGGGUUGUCGGCCCAUAUGAAUGUUGUAAACGUCCGCUUAGCUUGGGCAAAGAAUGAGGUAGGAAUUUUGAUGGGGAGGGUUUGUAGCAGGUAGAGAAGUUUGGGGAGUACAUUCAUUUUGAGGAUGUGGGUCCUGCAGAGCCAUCCAAAUUGUGGCCUGUUCCAGGCCUUAAGGUCUGCCGCAAUCUUGGCAAGGAGAGGGGGAAAAUUGAUGUCGUAUGUGCGGUCUAGGGAGGUAGUGAGGUGGACUCCAAGGUAUUUGACCGAAUCUGGGGGCCAUUGGAAUGGAUAUGUGUUGCGGAGUAGUGAUCGGGUGUUGUGGGAUAUGUUAAGGGGGAGUAUCUCGCUUUUGCUAACAUUGAUUUUGUAGUUGGAGACUUGGUGGUAUAGGUCGAUUUGUUGCAUGAGGUGGGUCAGUGAAGUCGUCGGGUUUGAGAUUGUGAACAGAAGGUCGUCAGCAAAUGCUGUGACCUUGAAUUCACUUCGUGCUAUUGUGAGGCCUGUUAUAUCGGGGCAAUCCCUAAUUCCCUGCAGAAAUGGUUCCAUUGUGAGAAUAAAUAACAGGGGGGAUAGGGGGCAUCCUUGUCUCGUGCCGUUUGUUAUUUGAAAUACGUCCGAAAGUUGGCCAUUAACCCUGAUCCGUGCUCCUGGUUUGGAGUAAAUGGCUGAGAGCCACUUGCUCCAGUUUGGGCCGAAGCCUAGCGCUUGUAAUGUCAGUUUAAGCAUAGUCCAGUCCACCCUGUCGAAUGCCUUUUCGGCAUCUAUGGUAAGUAUGAGGCUUUGGGCUUGCGCCGAUUUGGCGGCGUAUAUGAGGCUAAGCAAUUUCGUUGUAUUGUUUUUAGCCUCGCGGCCGGGCACAAAACCGGAUUGAUCGGGGUGGAUUAGCCCCUUGAGUAGCGGUUGGAGUCGUUCGGCUAGGAUCUUUGUGAAAAUCUUAAGGUCCCCGUUAAUCAGAGAAAUGGGGCGGUAGCUCCCACAUUCUUCGGGGUCUUUCCCCGGUUUGUGUAUGAGGGUGAUGUGGGCUUCUAGGGAUUCGGUGGGGAGAUUGUGCCCGGAUGUAAGGGCGUUAAAUGCGGUUACAAAUGGAGUUUUAAGGACACUGGCGAACGCUUUAUAGUAUUUAGCUGUGAAGCCGUCCGGUCCUGGGCUUUUCCCUAAGGGGAGUCGUUUAACUACUGUCGUGAAUUCUUCAGGUGUCAGGGGGCUGUCGAAGGUUUGUCUGAUAUUCGGGGGGAUAGUAUGGGUGAUCCUCGUGGCUAGGAAGUUGGUUACAUCCUCACCUGAGGGCGGGGUUAGUCUCAGGUUGUACAGGCCUGUGUAAAAGGUAUGGAAUUCCUUAAGUAUGUUUGGAAGGAGGUGCGUGCGAGUGCCAUCUUUUUGUUUGAUCGUGGUGAUGUAUGUCCGUUGGUUGGUUUGUUGGAGAGCUCUCGCUAGUAGCCUACCGCAUUUUCCUCCUUGUGUGUAGUAGGUGUGUUUGGUGCGAAGCAGCGUUCGUUUGACCUUGGAGUUAAGAAGUGUUUGCAGUGUCGUGCGUUUGUCCACUAGUUGUUUGUAUGUGUCUAGGGACAUGGUUUGUUUGUGGGUUUGUUCUAAUUGGCGUAUGUCCACUAGUAGGUCAGCUGUCUGCGCUUCUCUCUGUUUUUUGAGUUUGGAAGCUAGCGCUAUGAUGUGGCCUCUAAUUACCGCCUUGUGGGCCUCCCAAAUGAUUGGUGGGGGGGAGACUGUGGGUUUAUUUUCUUCGAAGUAGUGCUGUAAUGCGUCAGUGAGUGAUGUAAUGAUGGUUGGGUCGUUUAGUAGGGUGUCAUUCAGUUUCCAUUGGUUGCGGUUGGGUGUCAAUGAGGGGAUCUGAACAACCAGUGACAAAGGUGCAUGGUCCGACCAGGUGAUGGGGCCGUAGUUACAGGACUGGAUUAAGUGUAGGUGUCUGUGGUGGAGAAAGAGCAUAUCUAGUCUAGAAUAGGUGUGUUUUACCGAGGAGUAGUAAGAGUAAUCCUUGGUGUGUGGGUGGGUGAUUCUCCAGCUGUCAAAUAGGCAGGCUUUGUCUAGUAAUUGAGUCAUCCUGAGUCUGGUAUGGGCGUUGUACGAUGUGGACAUGGAUGUGGUGUCUAGGUUCGAGUCCAGGGACAUGUUUAGAUCCCCUCCCAUUAUCAGGAUACCUUCCAUGUGUUUUUCAAUUUUGGUAAUGUAUUUCGACAGGUGCGUGCCUUGUUUGGCGUUAGGUAGAUACAUGUUGGCAAAUGUCACCACAGUGUUGCCUAUCUUCCCUUUCACUAUGAGGAGCCUUCCGUUGGGGUCCUCAUGGUGGCUUAUGUGAGUGUAGGGUACAUGUGAGCCUAUAAGGAUGGCUACCCCUCUAGUCUUGGCCUCUUUAUAGCACCCAUAGUAUCCUGUGGGGUAGUGACGGUUACGAAUUGUGAUGGUUGAGCCCAUUUUAAGGUGAGUCUCUUGGAGGAAAGCUACGUCUGCCUUUAGGCUGCGUAGCUCUCGGAGGGUCAGCGCUCUUUUCAUGGGAGAAUUGAGGCCCCUGACGUUGAGGGUGACUAUUGUAAGGUUGGCCAUGUUGGCUGCAGGGGGGGGUGUCAUGUUGUGGUGGUCUUGAGUGGGUAUGUAGCAGUCAGAACGAGGUAAAAACAGUAACAAUAUAACAGUGAAAGAAACUAUAUACAGAGCAGCUCUGAUACUUGCAGAGCUGGAAGUUGGGGUAUUUUGAAAUGUGGAGUCAGUCAGCCUUGGUUGACGGUGGCUUUCCCUUUGGUGGCUAUUAAGUCCAGGGGAAGUUGAGUCGGCACCGCUAAGGCUUUAGGUGACUCUCCACUUAGUUGUGGGGUAACCGAAUUAGUUCAGUGUGGGGGGGAUUUGGUGAUGUAUCGGUACGUCUUUCCAUAGGGAGAGACGGGCAAUCCAUGGUAUGCUAUAUGGUAAUUUGGAUUGGUAAAUCGGGCUAGGAGGUAUGUAUAGUUUAUGGGACCAUUCGGUGCGUAUCGGACGCAUUGGGCGUGGGCGCUGGGGCGCUCAAUGGCCAGGGUCGGAGUGGCUCAUCAGGGCCGGUCCGGUACCUGAGUCAUAGUUAGUGCGCGAGUGCCAUCUUCCAACUCUGCAAAGGCUUAGGAUUUCCAGCACAGUAGUGUGGUUAGGGUAUCAGCACAUAAGACAUUAGGAACAUACUCAUAAAACAGUCAUCAUAGUUCCUUCAGAUAUUGCGCAAUUCGGUUCAACUCCACCCAGAAGCACGCUAGAAGCCUGUCAAGCCUCGGGAAGGGUUGAAGCCGAGCACGGUGUUAUGGUUAGGGUGUCAGCAUAAAAAAACAUUUGGAACAUACUCAUAAAACAGUCAUCAUAGUUCCUUCAGACAUCAUGCAGUUCGGUAUGCUGUUCGGUUCGACUCCACCCAGAAGCACGCGAGAAACCCGUCAUGCUUCGGGAAGGGUCGAAGCACAGCCCGUUAUUAUGGUUAGGGUAGCAGCACAAAGAACGUUUGGAACAUACUCAUAAAACAGUCAUCAUAGUUCCUUCAGACAUAAUGCAAUUCAGUUUAACUCUACCCAGAAACAUACCAGAAGCCUGUCAAGCCUCGGGAGGGGUUGGAGGAUGGGGGGAGGGGAUAGAGAGGGCUGGGAGGGGAAGGGGUGUCUGAAGGUGAGGAGGGUGAAGGGGGGGUAAGGGGUUAGAGGAGGCAAGAUGUGCUCAAACAUUGUAAACCAGCUGGGAAGUAAGAUUGAUACCCGUCCGCAGGUCUUCUACUGCACUUCCCACCGGCAAGUCAUUGCCGUUCAGGAUGCAGAGUACCUAAAGUUUGUGGGAUCGUGUGUAGGAGUUCGUACCGCGGCUGAGGUUAAGUCCUGGAUUCAUAGUAGAGGUAGUACGAUGAAAAAGUGGAGUUCGGUGGGAUCACUGAAACUGUUACGGAGUUGGGGAGCUGGUUCGUCUGUUGCAUCGUUGGGGAUGUCAAGAUGGUUCUCUUGCAGUGAGUGUGUGAGGGAAUCUUGGCUUCCGGGGUAAGGUGAGUUAUUAUAGUGGCCCAUGGUUGUGGGAGUCCAGGGAGGUGUGUGAGGCUUGUUUGUGCUUGUAAUCCGAACUGGGCCAGGUUAGAUCCGGCAAUGAGGUCCGUUUCUUGUCGUCUGUGUUCUCAGGUUGGGUUCUGAAGGGGUAGGUGGCGUCCGAUAGCGAUGGUAUGGGGCGUCCUUUAUUGGGCGGGGGGUCCUGUUCUCGGUCUGUGUCCCCCUUGGUGAAUGGUUUGGUCGUUGUAGCGCCUCUUCGCUGGGGUUUGUCCUCUCUGUCGUGGGGCACUAUGUUGCGGAGGCUGGUGUAAUGGUCCAUACCAGUCAGGGAUAUGGACUUCUGGCAGGUCAAGGGCCGAGGUAAACGUUUGUGUGUCUUCGGCUGAUGAGAGGGUGGCAGUGACCCCGUUGUGAGUUGCUGUAAUGGCGAGGGGGAAUCCCCACCUGUAGCGGAUAUUCCUGGAUCUUAGGAGGUCAGUGAGUGGCUUCAUGGUCCGUCUUGCUUGGAGAGUCAUCCAGGAGAGGUCUGGGUAUAUCUGUACUGGUCGCCCAUGGUACAGCAGUGGUUGGGAGGUCUGGCGGAGGCUCCUUAGGAUGUCCUCUUUGAUGCUGUAAUAGUGCAGUCUGCAUAUCACAUCUCUGGGGGAGUCCCCCCCAGGGCCCCUGGGUUUGAGUGCUCUGUGCGCUCUGUCUAGCAGGAUGGGCAUUGUUGUGUCUCGUUGGAGGAUUAGGUUAAAGAGCUCUUGCAGUGUGGAGUGGAGGUCUUCCCCCUCAGCCUCAGGUAGGCCUUUAACCCUUAGGUUGUUACGGCGCCCUCUAUUGUCCAGGUCGUCUAGUGCUCUGUACAUAGCAGCCAUUUGUGUGUUAUGAGCUGUCACUGUACUUUGCAGGGCUUGUAGUUGUGUGCAUGUGCAGUCAUGUUCGUUUUCUAGGGAGUUAACCCUGUCACUGACCUGUCUUACUUCUGUGGAGAUGUCAUCCAUCUUCUUUUGAAAGGACACUUCAAGUUUCUGCAGCAUAGUAGCCAGGUCCUGCUUGGAGGGGAGAUUCCUGAGUAGGGCUUUCAGAUCUUUGUCCCGAUCAAUGUCCGACGUGAGAGAGAUGUUGUCUGAUGCCGCCGGGCUGGAGGGCCCUGAGGAGUGCUCCGCCGGGUCGUCCGGCGCCAUAUUGGAGCCUGCGGCCUCAUUUCGCCGGUCGCCCUGAUCCUUGAAAAAUUUGGUAAGGUUGCUGGUUUUCGCCGCGGAGUGUUUGCCCGCCGUGUUAGGAGCAGUGGAGAGGCGUUUGGGGUGUCCCAUGUUGCGGUAGGUGCCCGAUGGAUGCGGAUUGCCCUGAGUCUCUUUCGGAGCUCUGCUAGCAAGCGUCCAUUCGCGCUCGCGGUUAGCUCCGCCCCCGUGCGUUUACCUUUUAUGUUGCUUGAGCCUUUCCUUUUAUACUUCUCUUUGGUCCCACUCACUUGACAUUCCAAAAUACUGCAGAGGGCAACACAGAAUCCAUAACUAACAGCGUUAUUUAGUCAAGUCAGAAUUCAAGGUGAAUUUCAUAUUUAAGGUCAAAAUAGCCGAACAUUCCUGUCAGUUGUUCUUUCAGUUCAGCUACUCUUGCCUGAAAUUUGAGAUCCCUUUGAAUUCACUUUGAAUUCUCACUAUAGUAAAUAACCCUGUCAGUGACAGAAAGGAUGCACACUACUGAUACACUUCAUCAGAUGAUAGAAAAUGUGUAAUAUUCUCUUUUUGUUUCUUUAUAUGGUUGGGCACAUUCUCAUCUGUCUCUUUCUUCUGCUUUCCUUAUCCUUGCCUGUCUAAAUUGGGAUGCCAAAAAUGGGGUGACAAACAGUGUUAAUUUUUUUGACUAACAAUUUUAGUUGACUAAAAUUAUUGAGAUUUAGUUAACUAAAACUAGGGGCUGUGGGGCAAAAGACACAGACCAGGUCUUGGGAGAGAGACACCUAGCGGGGCUGGGGGGAGCGGGGCAGAAACAGAGGGGCUAGGGAAACCGCAAAAGAGACAGAGGCUUUAACUAAACCCAUUAGAUUUUAGUCGUGUCGACAAAAAUCUACUGGAGAUUUAGUCGACUAAAACUAAUUCAAUUCAGAUGACUAAAAUGCGACUAAAACUAAAAUGGCUUUUUAGUAAAACACUGACUAAAACUAAAUAAAAAUUUGCCGCCAAAAUUAACACUGGUGACAAAUAGUAAAGGAGCACGCUAGGCACCUCUACAUUCCUGCUUCAGAUAGAAUGUCCCUGUCACCGCAUACUUAGAAAAUAAGUGUCAAUUUUAAACAAAAAAAUCACUUUUUUACAACAUCCUUUUCCACCUUCCUGGCUGUCAGUUGGAUAGCCGGGACAUUUUCACAAGUAAUGGGAUCUACAUGAUCUUAGAUCUUGCAAUUCACAUGCUUUUUAAUGAGUUGUAAGUAUUGAGAAGUGUAUGAUUGGCCAUAUGCACACAUAUGUUAUUUGCAAGGUUUCUCAAACUUCCUCAAAAAUAUGUGUACAUAUUUUUUUUUGGGGGUGGGGGUGGAUUUAUACUACAUGUUUGGAAAAAUAAAUAUGGAGUGUUGUUUUAAUGAUUGACAAUAAGCAAUUCGUUACCCAUAACUACAUGGAGGGGCUAGUAGUCUCUUAUAAAAAUAUUUUUUUUAAAAAGCAAUAAACCUAAUUUUAGUUACUGUGCCACAUCUUCUUUCCACCUGAGAAUAUUAAUCAGCUUAUAAGAAAAUAGUGAGCAAUUAACCCCUUAAGGACACAUGACAUGUGUGACAUGUUAUGAUUCCCUUUUAUUCCAGAAGUUUGGUCCUUAAGGGGUUAAACUGUUCAGUAAGAUUCAAUUUGUUAAAACCAAUAUUUUUAUACAUCACAAUACUUUUUUAAUUGUUGUUUUCUCCCUUUCUUGCUAUCUAUGUCAGUAAAUUCAACUCGUAUUUUCUGAAUUCUCAGGUCCUUGAAUGGAGUCAUUGAGCAAAUGGAGUCCUACUUUCAUAAACUGAGUGAGCUGUCUGAGAAGGUAGAAUAUACCCAAGUAACAAAAUCGGAAAUUGGUGUACGGCAGAGAGAAGGGCAGCUCAAAGGUACAAUGUGCACAUAGUCAUACUGCACCUUGUGUUGAGGGAUGUGGUAUUGGAAGGUAUAUAUUAGAAUCAGCAGAAAACUUAUCCUAACUUACAUUUCAGGUAAGAGAUUUUUAUGGUAUAAAUAGUAUAACAUUUUAUAUUUCUCCUUCUCGUUCUAGUAUUGCAGGAGCGCCUGAGUCGGCAGCAGAAGGACAUGGAGGAGGAGAGAAAUAACUUGCGCAUGAUCAUAACCAAUAUGGAGACUCGACUGAGUGAACAGAGCCGCCUUCUGGAGCAGGUGAGAAGUAUCCUGAUUCAUAGCCUGAGAUCUAGUAAAGUCUACCUUCUAACAGGCAAUCAAAAGCUAAUAAUGCUCUGAAUUGACAUUGUGAUUCUCGGCAGGAACGCUGGAAGGCCUCUGCAGAACAGGCCAAAGUGGAGUCUCUGCAACGGUCACUGGAGGAGCAGAGAAGGGUUUUGACUCAGCAGUUGUCCUUGGAGAGAGAGGAAAUUGAUAGAGCAAAGGUUGGUUGCUGAUUGGCCAAAAUGUGUUAACACUAAAGCUCUUAGCACUUAUUGAAGUGCAGGUGUUUACUCUCUCCUGUAGAAUGUUCUGUGCACACAGUAAUUCCCCAUUACCGUUCCUUUUCUACCCAAUAGCAGAAAGCCUUAUUUAUCUGUGAGCGAUACUAGAGCAGAGUACUUAACAAACCCUUGGAAUAUUCACUAACUCACUGUGCAUCAAUGUGUAUGGAGUUGGAGCGGAACUUAAUCUACCAUGAUGCUUACAUUUUAUACCUUUGCGCAACAGUCUCUUGGUUAUAUUAAAAUAGUGUUUCUUCGUGAAUAAUACACACGUAAGAAACAAAUUUAUUACAAAUAAAAAUACACAAAAACAAGUCCUGUGCUCAAACUCACACAACUCUUGGGCGGCAGCAACGACCAUAGUACACAUCAGCUCAAAUACAUACAGUAAAAACCAAAGAAAAAAAAAGUUACUUGCGUUCUUCCCAAAUCCCUAUGCACGUUUAAACAAAUGGAAGUUAUUUAGUUGCUCCAAUGAGAGGGGAUGCCUUUCAGCCUCCAUGAAGAAAUGGUUUCAUUAUCAAGCAGAUCUUUCAGCACAGUUAAUUUACUUUAGAAGUUCUUAUCUGUUAAUUUAUUUUUCCCAUUAAAGCAGCACUAUCUUUGAGAAUUGCAAAUUCAUAAAGACCCCCUGCCGGUGACAUCACCACUGGGGAUCCGUUGGCCCGGGGGGGUAGGUAAAAGUGAGAUUUACUGAACUGAACCUAUCCCUCAUGGGCACAGCCAUCUUGAUCCAGCAGGUCCUCGUCAGAGCUAAUGUCACUGCCUGAGAGUACAUCAUUGAGGUCUAUGGAGGAUCCCGCAAGAUCGUGGGAUCCUCCAUACAGACAGACAAUUCCCUGCAGCCGGGAUUGGCACACACUUUCUGCCCUGAGUUUUAAAAAAAUCCCUCAGACUACUUGGAGUUAUUCCAAUAAAAUUCCAAUACAGUCAAAAUGAGUAUUUCAUAAAGUAUUUCAUAAAUUGGGGGGUGUCUGUGUUACUCUCAGCCAGGUGAGGUGUGGCUAAAGUCACAUAAACAAAGUGAUUUAACUCCUUAAUGGCAGAGAAUUGAAAAGGUGUCACGAGCGUGGGCUAUAGGCCCAGCCGAGACAGGGGGGAGAGCGUGGCAGUGACAGGAUUAAUGACAAGUAAGUGCAUUUGACACUUUUUCCAAAUAUGACAAUUUUGGCCUUAAAAGUUCCAGUUUCCUUGUCAGUUCUACAGAUUUCUUGCACUGGUGAAUAAGCCUUAAAGGACCACUAUAGUCACACAGACCACUUCAGCUCAGUGAAGUGGUCUGGGUGCCAGGUCCCCCAAGUUUUAACCCUUCAGAUGUAAACAUAGCAGUUUCAGAGAAAUGAACGACUAUUCAGAGAAACUGCUAUGUUUACAUUGCAGUGUUAAUCCAACCUCUAGUGGCUGUCUUCCUGACAGCUGCUAGAGGUGCUUCUGUGGCACUGGGUGUGAAAUUUGCAGAACGUUCAUAGGAAAGCUGACGUCGGCAGGGGAGGAGAUGUCACCAGCACUGAGGGAGCCCGGCACUGGAUUAAGGUAAGUAACUGAAGGGGUUUGAACCCCUUCAGCACCAAGGGAGGGGGGCCCUGAGGGUGGGGGAGUCCUACGGAUGCUAUAGUGUCAGUGUCACGAGCGUGGGCUAUAGGCCCAGUCGAGACAGUGGGGAGAGUGUGGAAGUGACAGGGUUAAUGACACCGGACCCCUGGUUACCUGUUGCUAGUCCAAGCAACCACUCAAUUAACCCCUGCAAUUCCUUCUACACUAACUGCCUAGUACACACUUUACUGCCACCACCAAGACUUUUAAACCCGGGCGUCUUAGGUUACCCCACACACAGGAGAAUUAUAGAAUCACAGUUCUACUUUUACUGAUCAAACACAUAUAAUUAACCCUUUUUAGUAACGUGGUUACCUGAGCUUUCCUCUGGAGAGUUGAUUAAGUUGAUUAAGUAAACAUUUAAUCUGACAAAAAAGAUUCACAGUGCUGAGUACAGAAUACAGAAAUAAAUGACAUACAGAUAACAAAUUGCAAAACAGUACAUAAAAUAAAAUAGGAAAUUCCUUACAUGUAUUUACCCCAUAUAGGAUUCUUGUGGGAGUCUUAGAUGGUAUAGGUCUCCUAGAAGUUGCUGACCAAAGAAAAAAUGAAUAACCCCCUGUAUAGUCCAGCACCCUCAUUAUAUACCUAAACUAGUUGUUUCUCAGUGGGCAGACCCUUGGGGUGGGGGAUCAGAGGGGGUUGGUCUGGCAGUUUAGUGCCCACUCUGUGCAAUUCCUUGUGUCCAGCUCUGGUUAUGGCUAUCUAGAUGUUUUAUGGUCUAGGCCUGGUGCAAGAUCAAAGACCACAAUAAAUGUCAUCUCAAGGUUUACAAAAAAAACUCUUAACAUAUAUCAACACACAUCAAACACCAACUCAUGCUUUUGGCAUGACAGGUAGACUGCAAGGUCAGGCUCUAUACAUCAAAACCUCCUAACUUAGCUAAAGUUGUUUUGGGCCUUAGAGUGUCCCUCUAAGAGAAGAUUUAUCAAAGUGUCACAGACCGUUUUGUGCCUUUUUUUGAAUGUAUUUCGUGCAAUUUAUUAUGUCUGGCAGUUUUGUGUUUGUUUUUUGUUUUGUUUAUUUCGUCUUGCUCGCUGUCUUUUCUGAAUGUACGCUGUUUUUCAGCAACGCAACAUAUUUAUCAAUUAUUAUGUUAAUAUUUCUGCGAGAAAAAUGUUCUGUUUCAAUUAAAUUUUUCCAACCAGUCUAUUUAGAAAAGCAGAUGCCUUUUAGACCAUUAGUAGAGCAAUUUAAUAAAUAAGUUUAGAGUCAGAAGUUCAUUGAUACAGUCAAUAAGCCACACAACAAAUUAGAGACUAAAAAUAAAAGGUAAUUUUCUGAACACAGGAUGAAUCUCCUCCAUACUAUCCUAUCAGGACAAUACAGUUGUGAGUAAUGACUUUCCAGCUAAGUGCUCCUGGUAACAAUUCUUACUUUCUACACAUUCCUCCAUCAAUAGGUUUAUUGCAUUGGAUUAGUGGCCACUCAGUCCAGACAAUUUAAUGCCCUAACUCUUAAUUUAUGUUAUGUGAUAUCUUAAUUUUACAGUAUAUAUGGAGUUUCCAUUAGAAUUGUAUAUAGAAUACAGGGUAUGUCUAAUUAAUGUCACAUGGAAAUGCAGUUACGCAUGAACCUCCUGCAUUCUUCUGGUUAUAAUCAUACAGAUUUAUACUGGGUAGUAAAUGCCCACAGCCUGUUUACAUAUCUCCAGUCAGCUUGUGUACAGAUAUAAAAAUGUUUUAGCCAUUGGUAUGUGUAUACACACUGAGUGAAACUAUAACACAGCUGUCCAUAUCUCUCAUCAGACAACCUUCUAGGGUAAUUAAGGAUAUUAAGUAGUGGAAGAUGUUCUCCCAUAAAUUCGCAAUGUACGGUAUCUUUAUAGAGUUAGAUUGGUUUACAUACACAAACAUGGGGUGCCAGUUAUUAAUGAUUGACAGUCUACAGAUAGUUUAUUCAUCAAAUGCCUGGAUGAAUUUUUUGGACCCUGCUCCUGUGUCCCUCUACUCUUCUAGUCAAACUAACGUCCAAUAAACUUCAUUUUAAUUGCUUCAGCUGUAGCUUUACAUCCACAUGCCAUUGGUUUAAUUUGGAAAGAAAAUAGCUGUAUUUUCAUGUUUUGUCCCCAUAUCUAGCCCUCUUGUACCUCAUUUGCUUUAUGAAGUCCUUAUUCCUCACCCUAUCUUCCUUCAUAUCUGUGACGGUAGUCACCAUCAGUGGUGAUGGAAGACAUACACUAUAUGUAGGUCCCCAGAUUCCUCUUGUGUUUUGAUCAUCCUGUGUCUAGUAUUGGUGCAGUCAUGUUGAAUGUAUUGAUUGUCUGUGCCUUUCCCCCUCCCUCUUUUUCCUGUCCUAUUGUUUCCCCAGCAGCACAUUGUCCCAGGGACACUGCCAGACCAGUUUAAACUAGCUUCCCUGUUCCUGCUCAAUCUCCCAUCAGCCCUUGCUAUUGUCUGACCCCAGCCUUCCUUGUACUAUACUGCUCUAUGCACCCUAUUGUAUGUAAAUGAGGCUGUUGGGGACUUAAAUAUGUUUUGCUAUGUCGAUUAAAGUUAGUUGCUGUUUUAACCUUCACCAAGUGUCAUCUGGUGUUUGGGGAAACCUGCUGAUGAAAAGUGUGUCCACUAAAGUGCUCCAGUGUCCCUGAUAGCUACGAGAAAGCAGACUUGGCGGAGGUAUUCAGUAGGAGUCCUGAAGCUCCGUCACAAUAUUCUUUACCUAGCACAAUCUACACCAUCUCUUCUACCCCAUUCUGUGGCUAGAACAUUCUACUCUCUGUCUUCCAUCUCAAUCUGUGCCUAGAACAAUCUGCACCUUGUACAUCAUCUCAUUCUGUGCUUAGAACAACCUGCACUCUGUAAAUCAUCUUAUUCUGUGCCUAGAAUAAUCUGCACCAUAUACACCUCUGCGAUAUCUAUUCCUGCAUAGCAAAAUUAAUAACCCAUUCUGGUUCUCCUUCCAACAAUACAUGGUCUGAGACACCAACAGGUAUACAGUUUACUUUUUAUUUACAAAACAAUACUUUGAGAACAGGGUGUUAUAUACUACUUUAUACUCGAGACUAAUAUUGUGACGCUAGGUAAUUUAUUGUACCGCUUCACCUGCAGCGGGUUCACUUAUCGGAUUGAAAUAAUCCCUGCAAUUACACUAUCUCCGAGACGAGCUAGGAUAAGUUAUACUAAUUAGUGUUCUUAAUGUGUGCUCUUGUGGUUUUACUUUUUUAGUAUUAAAAGUCAAGUUUUAUAUUUAAAGUGGUACACACUAUUUGUACCACUGACUGUCCCCCUCCCUUUUAAGGGACUUACUCUCUUCAGGACACUCUACCAUAAUUAAUUUUCUCCUGUUUUGUGUCUCUUCUUGUUGUUUAGCACCAUAUACACCAUCUCAUUCUGUGCCUAGAACAAUCUACACCAUAUACUUCAUGUCAUUCUGUGCCUAGAACAAUCUGCACCCUAUACAUCAUCUCUAGAACAAUCUCCACCAUCUCUUAAAAAAUGUUUUUACAUUUCAUUGUCACACUCUUCAAUUUCUCAUAUUUUCCCGGACAUACUUGAAAACGAGAGAAAUCUUAACGUAGCUUUCCUGGUAAAAUAGUUUAUAAAUAAAUAACUCAUUUUAUGUCCCACUGUUGUCAGAGCAUUUAUACACUAUCCUGAAUGGAUUCCCUGUUUACUAAAUUGGAGUCUCUGCUCACAUGUUCAGCUGGUGAAAGUGUGAAUUGCUCGCAGGAUUUUAUGAUUUGCUCAGCAUUUGUCCCAUUACUUCAGCCUUCCCAUGGUUCCUGGUUAGAAGUGAAUGACAGGUAAAGGUUGGUAGUCCAGGAGCAGGGAAGUACACACCUGCACUUUUAGGAGGUUUAGUGUAAGAACAUUUCUAUUAGACAAUGAAUCGAAACACAGGGGCUUCUGAAAUAUAGUACUGACAAAGAUAAGUCGAGGUAGACUCAUUUAUGCUAUCUGUUCCAUCUCUCAUUUCCUCAGAGCGCCCUUCUGGAGGAGCAGCAGUCUGUCAUGAUGCGUUGUGCUGAGGAACGCAGGAAAUUGGCCGCAGAGUGGUCUGAAUUUCACACUCAGCACAAACUAAGCAAGGAGCGGGCAGAGAAAGAUGUGAACAGAGCGCUGAUGUUGGAAACUCAAAGAGAAGGUACCAUCAUCAGCCUGGCCAAGGUAGGUAGACAACACAGGCCAGAGGUCAAUAUCUGCCAGCAUUAUUUACUAUGGGGGCUCAAAGAAGAAAAAGCAAAUUCUGCCCCUAUGUCAUCAGGUAGUAAUACAUAUGAACAACAAAAAACUAUAUUGCCACUAGUUAUUGCUUAUAUGAAAUUAAGUAUUUUGUAGAUGUGUACAAUCAAGAGAUCCUUAAUGUUGGUGAGUCUGAGUGUAUAACAGAGCUCAACAGCAAUAAUACUCACAGUAAUGUGUUUUUAAACUACAAUAAAUCUGUUAAGAUAUCAGUCUGAUUAAAUAAGAAACCAUGUUCUUGUUCUAAAUGUGUUUUUUGUUGCAUAAUUUGUUAUUGUUAAGUAACGUAAAAUUUCUCAGAACAGCCCCGCCCCUGGCCACACCCCCACUGAUUCCCCUUAAAUGAAUGUGUCCCUUUUUGUCCAUUUCAAAAGUUGGGAAUUGUGCAGUGGAGUUGUACAUUAGUUGGCAUGUAGAGUAAAUGAGAUGGAUUCUGGUUUCGAAAAGUAUUUAGAAUACAGAUGAGAGUGAAGGCUGGUGGGAUCCUCAUAUGUUGAUGGUUAGUGAUGCCAGUGAUUGCCAAUAAGUAAUUGACAGGAGUUUUUCAAAUGUUUUCAAAUGGACCCAGAUAUGUCUUGGAGGCAGACGAAGAUUCUGAUACACAGGUUUUAUAUAUAUAUAUAUAUAUAUAUAUAUAUAUAUAUAAAACACAGUGAAACCUCGGAACUCAAAAUUAAUCCGUUCUAGAAGGCUGUUCGAGUUCCGAUUUGUUCGAGAACCGAAUCAACAUUUCCCAUAAGAAUUAAGGUAAAUUUAAUUAAUCUGUUCCAGCCCCCCAAAAUUACAGCAUUUUAACAUAAAUUUUACAGUUUAAUAAUGCCUUCCAUGCAUAAAAUCAUAUAGGAUAAUAAUAAUAAACACAAUAUACAGUAAAUGAAAUGAAAAUAUAACUUUACCUGUAAUUAUGUUGAUGGCAUACGUAGAAAGGAGAAGAGAAAUAUUUUUUUGAAUGGGGUAGGUAACUGUUCUUCUGGCAUUUAAAUGUGUCUAAUUGAACAUGUUUGUGGCAUGAUUUGUUCGGGGACCGAGGAUCGUUCGCAUACCGAGACGUUUUUUACUUGAAAUUUGUGUUCGACUUCCGAAUUGUUCGAGAAAGGGACUGUUCGGGUUCAGAGGUUCCAUAGUAUAUAUAUUUGUGAUCGGAAACAUGAUAGUAGUAUGUAUCAGUUAGUGGUGGUUAUAAGUCGCUUGUGGUGUGCCGAAACCGACGUACAGGUAGGCCUGUAAAUAAGAGGGCCCACCAAUGAGAAGAAUGGAAUAAAUAAUUUAAAUAAGGGGUGCGGUGGUUGGGAUGACCGGAAACAUAAUGGCCAAGGUAAAAGGGAGGAUAGGGUUUUUAUAGUUCAAACUCCUUCCACAAAUACAGGCCUUUGGCCUUAAACUUGUGGUCAGGAACUUGAUAGUAGUAUGUAUCGAUUAGUGGUGGUGAUAAGUCGAUUGUGAUGUGCCGAAACUGACAUGCAGGUAGGCCUUUACAAAGCUAAACUUUAAAAGCUUCCUAAGUUCUUUCUCAGGUUGUGGGAUGUAUGUUAUAGAUUGAGGAUUUCCAUCUCCCGAGUAUAUUGAUGAUAUGCAAUAACAGAGGCUGCAGAUGCUGCCCCUAUCCUGAAGGAAUGGCCAGGAAACAGAUGCUGGAUUGCAGUCCAGUCUCAAAAGUAGAGUCCUUAUAUAAAAUACGAAUUUGGAGGUAGUAAGUGGGUAGCCUUAAAGUAAGAGUAGAGGUGAAAUCGGUGGGUAGGUAGUCAGGUUGUGUGUGUGCAAUUUUAAUUGGAUUUGUGGUGGAGAUGAGGUUUACAAAAUUAAGUGGCACUUCAAAUAAAAAAAAAAAAAUGUGUCGAAUUGGGUAAUGCACUUGAGGUUCCCAUGGCAACUUCAAGUAUUUCCAAAUUGCUUUAAGCCUACUGUUGUCUCUCCGUGUUUGAUAUGUGAUUGAGUAUCAAAAUUUGUCUGUUUCUGAUGAAUCUAUCGUACAAUUUAAUUUAUUAUCGCUGUACAGUGUUUUUCCUUUGACCUACUUCACUGCCACCAAUUAAAAUACUCCACUUGACUCUGCAAUUGUGUAAAUCGAUUUGUUCUCUACAUGGUAGUAACCAGGAAUUGUACUCAAAAUAAAAAAAGAAGCUUAUCUGCAAACUUUAACCCCUUAAGGAGGGAGGCAAUUUUACAAGUUCUGACCAAAAUAAAACCUGGAAUUUGGUUAUAAGUUUGUUCAACCAUAAUUCACCUCUUUUCACCCACACUUAUUAUAUAUAAAUUUGUUCAGGAGAAAUAGGGCUUUCAUUUAAAUACUUCAAUAUUCAAUAUUUAUAUAAGGAACACAAUUUAAUAUGUAUAAAAUCUUUUUUUUUUUUUUUUUUUAAGUGGCAUUUUAACUAAGAAUUUCGUAAUCCUGUUAAAUUUUACUGCAAUUAAACACAUAUAUUUGUAUGCUGUGAUGUGCCACGAAUACAAUGAUGCCCCCCACAUGCUGGUUUCAUGGUGUUUUGAAAAGUUUCAGGGUCGAAUAAUGAGUUUUCAGUUUUUACACGUUGACCGUUUUUACACGCCUGAUUGUCUUGCUGGGCCUAUGUUGCCUUUGAAAGUGUAGGGCAGCCCAGGAAUGAAUAUUGCAUACCAUUUACAAAAGAAGACAACCCAGGGUAUUCAAAAUGGGGUACGUCCAGUAUUUUUUUUAGUAGCCACUUAGUCAGAAACCCUGGCCAAAGUUAGUGGUCAUAUUAGUUUUUUUGCAUUUUUCACACAAAAACUGCCAUUUCACAGAUGGUAUCAUCGUCAUUCUAUGUUUUACUGCUCUAAAACACUCAGAUUUAUGUUCAACGUUAUCUCACAAGUGCAACAGUACUCCCCAAGUACAGGUUUUAAGGGGUUUGGAAAGUUACAAGGUCACAGUUAGGGUUUGCGAAUUAAAUUCUCUGAACUAUCUGCAUGGGUUAUCAGGCAGGUCCCUUAAUAUAUCAUUAAUAAAAUAACAUUAUGUGUUAUGUAAAAAUAAUACAUAUAUAUACACGCAGAAUGAAAUUUGGUAGGGCCGGAUUUGCACAGGGAGAUUGCCUCAGUUGUCAGGAUCACUGCGGAGGGUAAGUAUUCUGGCUCCCAGGAGGGAACGAUCAUUAGGUGUGUGCUAUGACGCAGUAAUGGCGUUAAAGCCCCCCUUUUGCAGGAUGGCAUAACAAGCACUAACAGCAUGAAGGGCUCGAACACAUGUUUCUGUGGCACAUCGCUGUAGAAUGAUCAUUACAGUUUAUUUAAAAAAAAACUCUACGGCUUUGAUCAAGCAUUACAAUGAGUCCUCCUCCUACAUUACCAUGAUUAUCUAUGAUGACCUAAAAUAAGCAGAGGAAUUUUGGGCACCGGUUUUAAAGAAGGUUAUUGUAGAACUGGAAAAUUUGAAGAGGCGAAUUACAAAAUAAGUAACGGAGAUGGAAAAUAUUAGUUGUGAACAAAGGCUAGAAAAACUACAUUUGGUUUUCUUUAGAAAAAGACACCUCAGAGAGGAUAUGAAGGUACAAUAAAAACAUGUGCUAUUCUGUUCAUUAGCAGGAAUAUACAACAGAUAAGACUGGAAGAAAGGAUAUUUUGCUUACAGCAGAGGAAAGGGUUCCUUACGGUAAUUCUCUGCCUACAGAGGUUCUCAUCAGAUUCUAUAGAUAUUAUAAAAAGCUUGGAUGCCUUAAAAGGAAUACUAUAGUUUUAGGAAUACAAAGCUGUAUUCCUGGCACUAUAGCUCCCUCUGCCUCCCCCUUCCCUCGCGCCCCUUUAUUUACUAACCUUAUUCCAGCUCCUAUGUCCCUUGGAACUAUGUCGACUUUCCGCCCCCUACGACGUCCCACCCCCUCUGACGUUCCUAUGGAGAAAAGUCUGAUGCUGGAUGUCCUCAAGCAAAGUGUGAGGACAUCCAGCGUCAAACACCGGACCAAAGGUCCGUUUCAAUCCAGGAAGCCCUCUAGUGGCUGUCUGAUAGACAGCCACUGUGGGCAGAUUUAGUGCUGCAAUGUAAACAUUGCAGUUUCUCUGGAACUGAGCACUCCGUGCAAAAGGGACAGUGCACCCAGACCACUUCAUUGAGCUGAAGUGGUCUGGGUGCUUAUAGUGUCCCUUUAAGGGAUUAAAGGACAUUAAAAAUUAAUGUCUUGGCUCACGUUGUUAUUUUGUUUCAAAUUUAUAUUUUCCCUAAUUUUUGUUGUUCUUUUUUUGUUGUUUUUUUUUUUUUCAAAAUGUCUUAGUGAUAGCAUUUUAGGACAUUCAUUUGCUUGUUUGAGGUUAAGACUGUUUAACCAUGUCUUGGUUUCUAUGACUAUCAUAAUCAUAUAAUGAGGUCUUAUCAUCUAUUAAGGAACAAGCUGAACUGAAAGUUCAAGCCACUGAGUUACGGAAUCGAGAGGAGCAGCUGACACUGGCUAAAGAAGCGGUAGAAAAAGAGAGACAGGAACUGCGACUUGAGAAGGAAAGACUCAAUGCAUUGGCCUUGCGCGUCCAGCACAGAGCUGAGGAGAUAGAUCACAUGAGCAAGGUGAAAGAACCAGAAAUAACAGAAGCGUUCUUUUUCAAAGUCCUUGCUUUACUGAAGUGGUUGCAUUUUAAAAAUACCUGUAGGUACUGUACGUAUACUGUGUUCCAGUAUAAUAGAAAUUUCUGAUUAAAGCCUCUGGUUUCAGAUUGAGUUAAGUAAAAAUUACAUUGUAUGCCAUCAUGAUCAUCAGGACUUUAGGGGAACACUCCAGGCACCAUAACCACUACAGCAUAAUUUAGUGGUUAUAGUGCCAGAAGUGCCCUGACACCUCCCAUUGUAAGUAGACAAACCAUAUCAUAACAUUUUACCUGGGGUUCGCUGGGUGCCACUUCCACCCUCCACUAUCUGAACUGAAAGCUCCUACACAGGGCUUUAACUCAGACAGUGAGAUUCCAGCUAUCUGGCUGAAGUAUUGUAGACGGGGAGCGGCGCCCAGCAGACCCCAGAUAAGACAUCAGAUCAUUCUAAAAUGACUACUUACAGGGGCUUGGAGAGCAGCGUGUUACCCUUGGCACCAUAACCACUACAGUGUGCUGUGCUGGUAAUAUUGCUUGGAGUGUACCUUUAAGGAACUUAUUCCAAAGCAGAAUGUAAUACAUAUUUAAAGGGGCAUCAUAAGCAUUACAGCUUAUUAUAGUUUGUGUUGAUGUGUCAUGAGUGUAUAGGCACCAUUCCCUCUGUAUUUUGUUCAACUGUUUUUGAGCAGUUUGACAUAAAUUGAGACCCUUUCUCGCAUGCAUUGCCUGCCCUUCAGCAUACACUUUGAUCAAAUGGAUAUUACAAUUUGGCAUUGUCGGGUGUAAAUCCAUCUAACCAUGGAUGCCUGUUUUAGGCUGAGAGCUCUGUGGACAUGCUAGCAUUACUUUAUUAGGUUGUGAUGACUGCAAAUUGUGUCUCUGUUUCAGUUUAGGGGUUAAUCUAACCUCUUGUAAUUUGUUAAUGCAAAAAUCAUAAAUGUAUAGCAACUCUGCCAUCUAGUGGGUGAAUUUUAUAGAGCAGCCUAACAUAACCCUCCAUUCGUUUACCCAGCUGGCUUCUCAGAGAUAUGAGGAUGGAGAAAAGGCAUUAGAAGAGGCAAAGAAGGUAGAAUCUGAACACCACGUGCGUCUCAAAACAAUCCAGCAAAAAUUAAAUUGGCUAAGGCAGGAAGAGGAACGUAUACACCAGGUGAGGAGUGUGUUCUAAAAUGUAACUUAUACGUUUAUCAUUUUUAAGCUUUUUAUAUUCACUUAGACAGCUCUGAAAGCUUAGUGAGACACGUUACAGCUAUAGCUUUGACUAUGAAACACCUGAUGUUGCAGAAAUUAUUACUCCAAUGGCUUUCUACUCCUUCUAAGCUAUGGAAUUCUGUCCAGACUAUUUACAAAAGUGAGAAUUUAAAGUGAAUUUCAAAUUCAAGGUAGAACUAGCCGAACUGAAAACAUUCUUAAGUCAGUUGUGCUUGCAGUUUGAUGACUUUGGUCUUAAAUUUGAAAUUCACUUUAAAUUCUCACUGCGGGCAAUAACCCUGUAUGUGUUGCAAAGGUAUUCGUAACUAUAUAUAAUGUUCACACAUGAUUUUAAUAUGACCCUAGGAAAUGUUAUAGAAGAAGCAUGGUUUCUCUGUGGGACCAUCUUCAAGCAUUAAUCCCUAAGAAUAAUACAAAUUGUCGCCUGGUAUUUACUUUAUUUUAUUUGUUAUAUCACUUGAUAUAUUUUGGAUACAUGCGUUGUGUAAUAUACUCUAAAGACACAUUAAAUAUUAAAUAGGAUUUUUAACUAAAGUCUGAAUUGUCAGGAAUUUAAAAAACUGUCAGGAAGUAAAAAUAAAAUUUUCGGCAUAAAUAUCCAAAUAUGCCAACAUGGAGACUCUUUCCACUUCAAUGUUUUUUUGUCCUAAAAUGUAAAAUUUACUUUGAAUUCUCGACAAAUCACACUUUAAUGAAUAGGCCAGUAGGUUGGUGAUAUGUGUUUGGUGUCUGCCACAUGUUGUAAAUUGGUAUAACGUAGUGAUUAAAUAUAUAAGACAAACAAGGUAUCAAGUAUUCAUUGACAAACAAAUAAUAGUGAUAGUUUGUCCAUGGUUAUAUUUUAAGGUGGUGAUUGUGGCCCACCUUGGUGAUUGUAGCUCUUUUAUUCAUUUUAGAGGACUUUUUUUCACUUUUAUACUGUAUAUAAAGUAUUCGUUAAUCGCUUUCCUGCCUCGUUUUAUGUUCUCUGCAUAUUUUGCUUUGUACUUCUUUCUAUCAUGUUGUGGUUUCUUUCAGCAACGUCUAAACCUGACUAGUCAGAGAAGACAACUUGACAAACUCCACCAGGGACUUCCCACUUCCUCAGCCCUCUUUCCUGCAGUGCUCCAGGAGCCUCAUCUAAUAUCGCAGCUUCCUGGACUUCAGAGUGUUAAUGGUAAGCAUGGCUGGUACCUGGCUGGACAUGUACUGUGUAUACACAAUCUUAAAACGACUACUAAAGACUGUAUUUAUUUUAAAGGACACGCAAACGCCAAAACUACAGACCUGAUUCAGAAAAAGAAUGAAAGGAACAUUCUAAAAAACAAAACAACUUUAACUUAAUGAAGCAGUAUUAGUGUGUAGAUCAUGCCCCAGAAGUGUCACUGCUCAAUUCUCUGACUUUUAGGAGUUAGAUCACUUUUGCUUCUCCUUAUAUGGCCCUUGUCUUGACUGUUAUAGCCUCCAUUAAAAAAAAGGUUUUCAUUUUCAAUAAAAUUUACAGCACAGUGUGUUUACACUACAGUGUGUUUUCUAAUUGAACUUUAUUCACACACGAGGCUCAUGCAGGAGAUAAGAAAUUUGAAAUGAAACACACUUUGCAUAAGGGAUGCUAAAAAAAAAAAAAAUCUAUUCACCAAAACCACUUUUAAGUUAAAGUUGUUUAGGUGCUUAGAGUGUCUCUUUAAGCAAAUCUAAUUAUUAUUAUUUAUUUUUUUUUAACAUGACAUGCUUUUUUUUUAUUAGUAUUUCGUAAAGAAUUUCUGCAUCAAGAAAAAAAUGUUCUGCCACAUCCCAUGAGAAUAAAUUACCCUAAAUCCCAAAUGUAUGUUUUUCACGUUAGUAGGUAGUUACAGGAUAUAUACCAUUUCCAAACAUUAAAUCUCUCCCCUCACCCCAAACAAUUUAGAUCAGUUUUACAACAUAACAAAAUAGUUUACACCCUGACUUCUAGCCCAAACUAUGUAUUUCUUGAAAGCAAAAUACCUAAUGAAUUUCACUAGAUGCAUUUCAAUACUACACCUGCAACUGUUUUAUCAUAGUAGAGUAUGCCUCCUCCGUUAGUUUUUACAGUUUAUCCAUAAGUCACAUCAUGAUUUAAUCUAUGCAAUUCUCUACUAGAUAACAACCUAUCCAAACUUUCUAACUAACGCUGAAUGUACUGCUAUAGCUGAUUGCUUUAUAUGAGAGAAAAAAAGGUUGGGGGGUAUAUUUUUUCACCAUAAGAAAGCCGAUCUACUGCGAAAGAUAACAGGGUUAUAUGUUAAACACCAGAUUUUUAGUAUGGAGGGACAAAAUUCUAUUGCAAAUGGUCGCAUUCCGACCAUUAUGAAUAGUGUCAAUUAUCUUACGUUAUAAAGCCUAUUCCAGUCAUAAUUCGGUCAAUCCGACAAAAAUAUGUACAAUUCGGCCACAUGCAUUCAGUGUCUGGUUUAAAAUCAGUGCUUUUCGCAUCUGAUUUUGUGUUUUGUACUUUUUUUUUUUUUUUUAAAUCACCAGAGAAACAGAGAUGUGUGACAGGCCGAACAUGAUGGGCAUGAGUCUUUUUUCAGAUCAUAUUACAAUGUAAUAAUAAUGAUGGAUAUUCUUAUAGUAUCAGGUUUAUUAUUGUACCUGAGGCUGCCUGUAAUAACUAUAGGUGUGACAUUGUAGGGCUAGGGAAGCUAGGGGUUAGUGUGUGGAAGGUUAGGAGAACAUACGGCUAAGGGGCUUCUGCCUCCAAGAUGCAUAUCCCAAUAAUAAGUGUUACAAUACACAGUAUUGUAAAAGCAGACAACCUCUAAGCCCCAUUUAAGGCGGACCUAUCUUUUUUUUAAAAAAAUAUUAUUUAUUUAUGCCCCCUGUAUCUCAAUGAUCUACUCCCCUCUUUGUCACUGGCAGUUUUUAUGUUUAUUAUGUUUGCUUUCCUGUGCUGGAAUUCAGUAUCUGAGAGCAGCCAUUUUGUUCUCCUCUGCCCAUGAUGUCAGCUGUUUGCUUUCUGUGUAAAUGAUUUUACUGAUACAUUGUAGGUAAAUUUGAUUGGCAGCUGAAACAGAACCUUCCUUUAAGUUCUGACCAUUGUCAAGCUUUGUCAGCCUGACUGCUAUACAUGAAGAAAAGUAGUACCUACAUUUAUUUAUGUAGUUAAUGAAAACUAGAGCGCUCGCAAAACAAUAAGAGCUUUAGACGCAAGGAGCUAUAUAGAAACAGAUUAGAUGAAGACUCUUUUUGCCACUUGAAACCCCCUAACCCGAUCUAACCUCUCCCUACCUUCAUGUCAGGACAGUCACACUCUGCUCUUCUGUCACCAGUCAAAAAAAACCAAACAUAUAAUUAAUUUAGAAAUAUACAAAGUGAAUAACCAAAUGGAAAUCAGGAAAUUAUGAAAAUAGUUGCUUUUUAUUCAGAUGUUUUUUAAAGUUUUACAUUCAAUCUCUCAGCAGCCACUAGUGUCCCAGGGAAACCGGAGGGUAACCGAACACUGCAAACAUCAGAGUUUCAGGCCAAACUUGCACUACUUAAACUCGCUGCACUGCAGGUAAGAUGAGUAGAUUCGUCCUUCACAAUAUGGAAACUUGCUAAUCAACAAUUUCAGGGUUAUUUACUAAAAUGACAAUUGUCGGGAAUUCAAAGUGAAUUUCAAACUUAAAACCAAAGUAGGUGAACUGGGAGCAUAGCUAACUUGAAGAAUUCCUCCAGUUUGGCUAUUUCGGCCUUAAAUUUAAACUUCUCUUUAAUUCUCUUUAAUUCCCAGCAAUUCUCAUUUUAGUGAGUAACUAUUCGCAACUACUGUAGGUUAAACAUGCAAUAUCCACCAAGCAGAUGUUUGAAGGUAAAACCCACUUUUUUUUUCAAUUGCUUUAUAAAGAAAGGAUAUGUGGGUUUAUUUACAAAACUAGGAUUUUUAUUUUUUUUUACAUUAUUUGAUAACGUCAAUAUACAGUACCGAAAAAAAUAAGGGUUGUGAUAAUAAAAUUUGAAUUGAUCUAAGGCAGGAGUGGCGAUAAGGGGCCGGCCUACGCUGAAAGGUGGGCAUUCAGCUCAGAAUUAUUGUCUUGGUGUGCAUACAUAACGAAAGAAAGAAAGUCGCACUACAGCAAAAGAUAGAUGCUUCAAUCAUCUUAAAAUAAAAAGGCCUUUAUUCAUAUACAGAGCACGGCUGAAUUGGGUAUGGGGGAGCACUGGAUACCACGCAAUUCCUGUCUUAAUGGCACUUCAUCAGAGUCUCUGAUGAAAUGCCGAUUACGGCAAAAAUGCAUUAGGGGUAUAGAGUGCUCCUCCUGUUGUUUCAGCCAUGCCCUGUUUGUGAAUAAAGGCAUUUUUUUUUUAAAGAUGAUCAAAGCAUCUAUCUUCUGCUGAAGUCUGGCUUUCUUUCAUUUGCUUUGUUUUGGCAGUGGUGGAACCUGCAGAUGCUUCUCCCAAAUUUCGAUGUACUUCUCGUAAAUAAAACACACCUAUUUCUGUUGAAUUUGGUCAUUUUUUUCCCGCUAAGGGAAACCAUGUGCAGGGCUUAAUGACCUUAGAUUAGUCUGCACAGCACAAGCACAUCUGUUGAUGUACUGAGGCCACACUUUCUGAGAACUUCAGAGAAGGAACCCCGAAUGGUCGGACAAUGCCCUAAACUCGGGACUGUACUGCUGAUCCAGGACUUUUGGAAUAUAUAAAAAAAACAACACCACGUAUAUGCCAAUGUCAAGCGGAUGGUUAGGUUAAAUUGUUAUUUUUUUCUCUCCUAACAGGAUAAAAACUUUCUGGAGGAUGAACAAAUUUUCUUGGAAACCCUCAAAAAAUCUAGUAACUCAUGGUCACAAGUUGCAUGAUGGGAAGACUUAUAGAAGAUGCCCAGUCUGAGACAAUAUCCCAGACACAAGAAAAGUCAGCACUGCUCAGCAAUUAACUCAACUCCCAGUAUAUCCAUUACUUAUUAUGUUUUGUAUAAAUUCUCUAUUUUUUUUAUAUAUAUAUGUAAUAAACUUUUG